GACACAAGCUGAUGGAGAGGUGCUGGAGCUACACCCCUGAGCGUCGGCCCACCUUCAAGGAGUGCCUGGGAGUGCUGCUGGUGCUGGCCGAGGCAAUCUCCGCACUCCCGGCCCUGGCUGUUCAUAACGUCCACUACAUAGGCUCCAGUGGCACUUCUGGCGUCAGCUCGGAAGACUGCCUACCAGAGACCAGCGGAUUGGAGAGGAGGAGGAGGAGGAGGAGGCGGAGGAGCAUGGAAGAGGAGGAGGGGGCGGAAGACGAGGAGGAAGACACGGGCCCCAUGGAGGAAGAGGAGGAGGAGGAGGAGGAGGAGGAGGAGGAGGAGGAAGAUUCGUUCUCUGGGGCCAGCACGCUCCCAUUGACGGCUCCCUUGCGAAGACAUCAGCAGUAUUUACAGUUGGUCAAUGAGCCCUCCCCAGCCUCACCCCCCUUGUCCCCCAGCCCCCGUAGCAGCCCCCCCAGCCCCGCCAGUCCCCCGCCCCCCUCCACGCUGCCCCGGACAUCACUGGGGGACUGGGGUCGGCUGGGGGAAGGCAGUUUAGUCGCAGGGAUUUUGGGGUCGCAGAGUCAGGGCCAUGUCGCGAGUUUCCCCCCAACGCCACACUCCAUCCCCCCCUCCCCCAGCCACCCCCCUCCCCCCUGCACCCCCCAUACCCUCCCCCCAUCACCCAUAACACCAGUCAACACCAUCAUCACCACCACAUCACCACCACCUCCAGUCCUAACAUCACCAACAAGUGUGACCUUCACCUUCCCACCUGUUCCUGGCCUCACCACCACCACCUCCAACACCACCAACCUCAACACCAGCAGCCCUUCAACACCACCUCAACACCACUACUACCUCCAGCCCAAGUGCAACAGGGUCUACACACCUCCACUCAACACCACGAACCAUGUCAACACCACCUAUGUCAAUAUGUCCGUCGGUGGUGAUGGUGAUGGUGGUGAUGAAGGGGACAGGUUGAGUGGUGUGUCCGCUCUCUCGGAAGUAAGUGGGAUGACCUCGGGGUCGACCAUUGACCUUGAUCAUGUCCCCAGUCAGUCUUGGUGCUAGGUCAGUCAGUCAGUCAGUCGGUCAGUCCAUCAGUCAGUCAGUCAGUCAGUCAGUCAGUUUAUGUCAGUAUUAUGUAUUUCCCAUCUCAUGUCAGUCAGUCAGUCAGUCAAUCAGUUAGUCAGCCAGUCAAUCAGUCAGUCAGUCAGUCAGUUAGUCAGCCAGUCAGUCAGUCACUUUAUGUCAGUCAAUCAGUCAGUCACUUCAUGUCAGUAUUAUGUAUUUCCCAUCUCAUGUCAGUCAGUCAAUCAGUUAGUAAGUCAGUCAGUCAGUCAGUCAGUCAGUCAGUAUUAUGUAUUUCCCAUCUCAUGUCAGUCAGUCAGUCAGUUAGUAAGUCAGUCAGUCAGUCAGUCAGUCAGUCAGUAUUAUGUAUUUCCCAUCUCAUGUCAGUCAGUCAGUCAGUUAGGCAGUCAGUCAAAUUGUGCCUUAUAAUUUAACAAAAAGAAAGAAGAAGAAGAAGAAGAAGAAGGAGAGGGAGGAGGAAGAAGAGGAGGAAGAAGAAGAGGAGGAGGAGGAAACAAAAACCUCAAAGACUUAUAUAUAU